AUGCAUUAAAUAUUCUAUUAUUGUUUUAUAGUCAAAUAAACAGACUUUCUAGUAUCUAGAACACAAAAAAGCAAGCACACCUAAUUUGAACUAAUCUGUUCUGUAUAUUUUUUACUUAUUCAAAACACGCAAUUAUACACAUGAUUUAGAGAUAUAAAUACAGUAGUAAUCUCUCAUGCAUGACAUACCAAUUCCUACGCUCUUCUCUUGACCAGUAAUCAAAGAAAACAAAUUAGAAAGAGAAGUUAAUUGAAACGAGGCCAACAGGGGUGAUCUGUAGAACAUAUAUAUAAAAAUGGGUUAUGAUAAAAAGUUGGUGAUGAUUGGGAUGCUAGUAGCGGCAGCCACCCUAUUAUCGGGCUGUGCCGCCGAUACUCGUACGGUCGGAGACAGUCUGGGGUGGACUAUUCCUCCUGCUGGGGAUAUUGCGUACAGAACUUGGGCUGCCAAGGAAGAUUUUGAGCUCGGCGACAGCAUAAUAUUCAGAUGGAGUGGAACACACAAUGUAGUCCAAGUGACUAAAGAGGGUUACGAAAACUGCAACGCAACGAGUAACCUGAGUUUAAGUCCAGUCCAAACAACUAGCCCUUUCACAUUCAUACUCAACUCCACCACUCCUCAUUACUUCAUUUGCACGGUCGAAAACCACUGCCGCCUCGGCCAAAAGGUCACCAUCCAAAUCAGACAAUUCCCCUCGGCCGCUCCUUCUUCUCUGAUCAAAUCCGGCGGCAUCGUCUCUGCUCUUCUUCUUGUUGUGGCCUCCCUUUUUAUGUAAAUUAAAUCAUAUUGUAUGCUGUUAAUUAGUUGGAUUAAUUAAUUAAUUAAUUAAUUACAUUGUGUUGAAUAAAUUAUAUGUAUGGAUUCAUAUAUGAUUUGUGUUGAUUGAUUAUAUAAAUAAUUAUGUCGUUUUGUUACUUCA